AUGAUUAAAAAUGUCUUUUGUGUUGCUUUAAUAAUUUUAUUUUUUUUGAUAUCUAUAAAAUGUGAAUAUGUAGAGAAUGAAAAGAGUAACAAGUUUGGGGGAGAUGGUGAAAAAAAAAAAAAUAAUAAUUAUAAAAGAGUGGAGCUAGCCAAAAAUGAAGAAAUAUUCUCUGUACAUGUAAAUUUCGAAAAUAAUGAGAUAAAUGGAAAAAAUGACAAAGAUAAGAAAACGAUGUCUUAUAAAUACCAAAAUGGUGUGGAACAUUUUCAAAAUGAAAUUUCAAAAUAUGAGAACAUUAUUGAUACUUUAAUAUUAAGAAAUGUAAACCGAAAAAAAUAUGAUUUUUAUAAUAUUUUAGAAGAAUAUUCUCUACACACAAAAAUAAGUGGAGAGGUGUAUGACCAAUUGUUGUUAUUAAUUAAUAUAAUAAAAAAUAAUAAUAUUUUAACAAAAAUGUAUAAUAGAGAAAAUGGAGAAAUGAAUGAAGUAAUUUUUAAAAACCAUUUAAUUUUCUCAAUAUUUAAAUGGCAUAGUUUUAUAAAAAUAAUUGAAGGAUAUAAUAAAAAUUAUUUUGUAUAUUAUAUUGAUAAAAAAAAUAUGAACAGUCAUAAAAAAAAAAUAUAUAGCUAUAAAUAUUUUUAUAAUUUUUUAUUAAAUGGCUCGAAUUCUGAACAGUUCAUAUUUUAUAUUAAUUUAAAUAAAAUAUCAUUUUUACAGAUUUUAGACAAAUAUAAUAAAUAUAUGUAUAUUAUAAAUAGUUCAAAGAGAAAUUAUCCACAUCAUAUGUACAAUAGUGAAAAUUUCAGUGUUUUUAUAUAUUCUUAUUUUUUAAACUCAAACAAGAGUUUAUUGAAUAAAUAUAUGAACAUUAUAAAAUUGUCAAUAUGGAAAAAUAUAAUUUUUUAUAAAAAUGGUAAUAUUUAUAAUAAAAUAGGAAAGUUUGACAAAAGUUUAAUUUUGUAUAAUUAUGAAGGAAUUGAAGAGGAUGUUGUUUUAGAUUAUACUAAUACAGAAAUAGGAAUAUUAUUUUCAAACUUUUCUAAAUUGUUCAUAGAUAUUAUAAAUGAUGUACAUGCAGUUUAUUAUGAGGAAUUGCUCAGGGAGAAAAAGACAAACGAAAAGGGAAUAAAAAAAAAUGAAACAACUUCUAAAAUAAGUACAAAUAAUAGUGAAUCCAACAAUAUAGACAACAAAAAAAAAGAAAUAUUGAAAGAGAAGGAAAUGGAUAAGAGUUAUAAAAAAAAGACAGAGGAAAAGACUGAAAAAAAAUUAGAUAGUACCAAGGAUGAAGAUAAAAAUGAAAAAAAAAUAGAUCCCUUUAACAAUGAUAUGGAUAAUGAGUAUAUUAAAGAAAGAGAUUUUUUUUUUAAAAAUUUAAAUAAAAUAUUUAAUUUUGGAUUAGAUAAAGAAGGAGAUGAAAUAAGUGAUUAUAGAAAUUUAUACGAACUUCGAGAUGGUUUUAUAAUAAAUAAAAAAAAUCCAAAUAAACAGAUUUCAUUAAUUUUUAAUCCAACAAAAGAUAUAUUUUACAUAUUGAAUCAUAUAAAUAAAAAAAAAAAUUUUAAAGAAAUAUAUGAUUACCUUAAGGUGAUAAUAAAAUUUGAAGGAAACAAUUUUUAUGACAAUAGAUUAAUUUGUAAUAAAGAUUGUAAAAAUCCAUUUUUUAAAAAAGGUGUAUCAAAAAAUAGAGUUGGCAAAAAAAAUGAUAAAUGGAAAGGGUCUUUAUUUAAUGUAAAUAAUAUGAAUGACAUAAAUCAAAUUGCAAACAACAUUUUAAUGUUUGGGACUCAUAUCCCUGAUUUGAAUAAAAAAGAAAAGAAAAAUAAUUAUGAACAGUCAGAAAAUAAUGAUAUAUAUGAAGGAAUAAAAAUAAAUGAACAAACUCCAGCUGCUAAAUUAACAAAAGAUAUAAUUCAUGAUCAGUUGAAGUUAUUAAAAAAUGAAUAUAUAGACAGAUUAAAGAAUGAAGCAAUUUGUGUUUUAGGUUUUUUAUAUUUGAUUGGAAUAAAUGAUAAUAAUGGAAAAUUAAAAUUUCCUUAUGGAUUUCCUAGAAAUAUAGAGAAUGCAAUUAGGUUGAUAAAAAAGGGAAAUGAUGGAUUAUGUAACUUUUUAAGUGGUAUUUUAUAUCAUAUAAAUUUGCCAGCAUUUGUUAAUAAUUCAAUGGCUUCUUUAUCUACUGAAAUGAGUAAUAAUAUUUUAGAAGAUAGUAAUAUUAUAAAUAAUUUUUUUUAUCUUUAUUAUAAAAAUAAUAGUGAUAAAGUAAAGGUUGAUAACUUUUUAUCUAAUGAAAAUAGAAUAAUUCCAAAUAAAAUAGAUAACAUAAAAUCAAAAAUAAUUUCUUAUUCUUUGGGAUCUACAAAAGAUGAUAUAUUUAGUAGGUUAGCAUAUACAAAUAAUAUUCUUCGAAUAAAAUAUAAAAAUGGAUAUAAUAAUGAUAUGUAUUUAAAAGAAUAUUUUGAUUAUACAUAUGAUAAAAAGACUUAUAAACAUAGUUAUAUAAAAAAUAAUAUUUCUCCGUUUUUGACGUCUUGUGAUUUUUUAUUACGGAAUAUAUUAGGAGGUGUUGUUGAUUCAUUAAAAUAUUCGAGUAGUGUUGAAAAUGGAAUAUAUCAAGAGUAUAUACAUGAGCAUAAUAAGCAUAUAUUAGUAAAUGGGGGAGAAGAGAAUCGAAAUUUAUUUGAAUAUUUUUCAAAGUUAGCAGAUAAUAAAAAUCCUUAUGCUUUAGCAGCAUUAGGAGAAAUAUAUUACUUUGGUAAUGACAAUAUUGGAAUUGAAAGAAAUGAAAUGAAAGCUCUUGAUUUUUGGAAAAAGGCAGCAGAUCAAGGAGAUACUGCAUCUGCACUUUCCUCUGGAUAUGUAUAUUUAGAUGAGUAUAAAAGGUUGUCUAAAAAAUUAGAAAUUACUAAAUCUAUGGAUAAAAAAGAAUUAAUUAGACAAAUAAAGAUGGAAAAAAAAGGAAAAAGUGAUAAUGAUGAAGAAAAAAAAGAAAAUGAUAAGGCACAAAAUCAGGGUGAAUAUAUUACUUAUGCUAACAUAAAUACUGGAGUAGGAACUGCAUCUGUUUCUAAUACUGGAAUGGGUACUGCAUCUGUUCCUAGUGUUGAAACGGGUUCAGCUCCAAGUAAUAUGGCUAGUGGUGAGUCAAAUAGCAUGAAUAGUUCAUCGAUUAAUUACAGUAAUGGUGUUAAUAUUAUGAAUGUAGGGAAUGCCGACCCAAUGAGUAUCCCUCCUUCGGAACCUCAAGUCGUGAGAGGGAUAACAAAUGAGAUUGGCAACGUGAGAAGUGAAAGUGUAAGAAGUGAUGAUGGACUUAGCUAUUCAGAAGAAGCGAUGAUCAAUGAAUACAUGAGAGAGCUUGGAAAUGAAACGGAUAGUGUAAUGAAAAAUGCUGAGAAAUAUUUUCAAAAAGCAACAAAAAAUAAUGAAGGAAGUAUAGAACAUUUAUUAGCAAAAUAUAAUAUAUAUAAAUUUGGAUUAGGGACAAAAAAAGAUUUAAAAUUAGCAGGUGAAUAUUUAAAGAAAGCAGCAGAUAAAGGAGAUAAUAUAUCUCAAAUGCUAAUUGGUCAUUAUUAUUCAGGAAGUGAUGUAGGAAUAGAAUUAAAAAAUUACAAUCCUAAUGAUGUAAUAAAUAAUUUAAAGAUGUCUUAUAAAUAUUAUUCAUUAUCUGCAAGAAAUGGAAAUAUUAUUUCAUUAUAUAAUAAAAAUAUAUUAAUAUUAAAAGGGAUAGAUUCAAAAUAUAAAAGUUUUGAUGAAAAAUGUGACAUAACAUUGAAGCCAUUGCAUUUUAUUGGAAUGUUUAAUGAUCGUAUAUAUGGUUUAUCAAAAUUGUUAAAACGUAAUUAUAAGUUUAAAGAUUAUACAGGUGCAUUAUUAGUAUCUAUAAUUUUGUCGGAAAUAGGGGACCAUCCUAAUAAUGUAAAUGCAUCUAUGCUAUGGGGUUUAAAAAAAAAUACGAUGAAAAAGUUUAUGGAGAAGUUUAAUCGGGUUGAAAAUAUUUUAGAGGAAUACAAAUUAAAAGUUGAAGAUGAAAAAAGUAGAGAAAACAAUUUUGGAAAUGUUAUAAAAAAAAUAUAUAAAAAAGAGAAAGAAAUAAAAUAUAAAUUUUUAAAAAAGAAUGAAGGAAGAUAUAUAAAAUCAUUGUUAAAAUAUUGUAGUGUUAUGGAUGGAAGUUUAGAAAAUCUUCGAAUGUGUCAAAGUUUGAGAAGGGAAUUCUUUUAUGAAUUAGUAAAUAGUCGUAAGAAUAAAGUAAACAAUAGAAUAGUAAGCAAGACGAGGGGUAGUGAGUAUCCAAACUUUUUAAAGACCCAGAUUGAAUCAUAUAAACCGAUUGAAUUGUUUGAGAAGUAUGAUGAUAUAAUAUUAAAGGAAAUGGAAAAUGGAAAAACAAAUUUAGAAAAAAUAAGAAGUAUAGAAAAAAUAAAAAAAGAAAUUAUGGAAUAUUUUCGAUUAAGUGAAUAUUUGCAUUGUUAUUAUAAACCCAUGUCUUAUUAUCAAGUUAAACUUUUAGAGGAAAAAGAAAAAGAAAGAAAUGAUUUGGCAAAAAUAAAAAGAAAUAAAAUUCGUAAUAUAGGAAAAGGAAUGAUAUAUGAAAAUGAUGAUCAUUAUUUUUUUAAAAAUGGGAAAAAAAAUAAAAAUAUAAAAAAUUUAUAUGAUUUAGAAUUUUAUAGAUAUUCUAUGUUACUUUAUGAUAAUGAUAUAAAAGAGAUUUAUAAUUAUAAAAAUAAAUAUUCAUCUAAAAUAUUUAAUGAGAUUCAAAGUUUUUCUGAAAAUUGUGAUGUGUGUAAACAAUAUUAUGAUAUAUAUUCAUCAUUUUAUGGAUAUAAAAAGGCAACAAUAAAUUUAAUUAAAAAAUAUAAAUAUGGAGAUAAUUUUACAAUUAAGAGUAAAAUAAAAGAACUUCAACUAUUAACAAAAUCAUCUGAUGAAAGGAAUCAUGAACUAUUAUAUUAUAAAGCAAUAUUUUUAGAGGAUAAUAAUUUAGAGACAUUAGAAUCGAUUUUAGAAAUAUAUUUUAAAUUAUCAACAGAUGAACAUAGUGCUUGUAAUGUUAUAGGUAUCCUUCGAGUUUUAAAAAUUUUAUUUAAAAAAAUUGUGACUGAUUUUGGUUGGUUACUAAGAAAUGUAAUAUCUUUUUUAUCCCAAAUGAAUAGCUUUGAAAGUUUUAAAAUAAAUGAAAAAUUAAAAAAAAAUAAUAUCAAGCCUUAUGAGGAAUUUGCAUUUAUAUAUAACAGAAUAUAUAACCCUAAUCUUUGCUAUUUACAAAAUAAUUUUUUUUAUAUUUCCGAAUAUAAUCAAAAAUGUUUAAAUUUAGAAUACCUAUUAAAUAAUAAUUAUAUAUAUUCACAAUAUAGUUAUUUUCAUAUUUUAAAAUUUUUGAAAAAAAUAAUAUUAUCUUUUUUUCAAUCCGCCUAA